UUUGAGGAAUGUUUAUUUGCUUAUCAGUGUGGAAGAUAACGACUUUCAACUUUAACUAAAUUUGAAGUGUUUGCAGUUCAAAUUAUCGGGUCUCUGUCUCAGCUGAGCAGGCGGCCCCCGGUUGGUGUGUGCCAGUGACGGCCGGUGGGGGACGGUCGCGCUGCGGAGAGCGGCAGUUGGUGUGUGCCGGUGGGGGACGGUCGCGCUGCGGAGAGCGGCAGUUGGUGUGUGCCAGUGGCGGCCGGUGGGGGACGGUGGCGCUGCGGAGAGCGGCAGUUGGUGUGUGCCAGUGGCGGCCGGUGGGGGACGGUCGCGCUGCGGAGAGCGGCAGCUGGUGUGUGCCGGUGGGGGACGGUCGCGCUGCAGAGAGCGGCAGCUGGUGUGUGCCGGUGGGGGACGGUCGCGCUGCAGAGAGCGGCAGUUGGUGUGUGCCGGUGGGGGACGGUCGCGCUGCGGAGAGCGGCAGUUGGUGUGUGCCAGUGGCGGCCGGUGGGGGACGGUCGCGCUGCGGAGAGCGGCAGUGCAGCCCGCCGCGAUGGCCGCCGCCGAGCUGCCGCCGCUGGAGGCCGUCUGGGUGUCGCCGUCGAUGGGCGCCGCGCCGCCGGCCCGCUUCGUGCCCGUGCACCUGCAAGUGUACGGCGUGGCCGGCAGCGCCCAGCUGGCCGCGCUGGCCGGCUGCGCGCAGCACCUGCACCGGCGCCGGCCCAACCUGUUCCUGCGCGCGCCCCAUGUGCUGCCCAUGUACGAGGCAGAGUGGAGCGCCUUCGUCGACAACCUCCGAAAGCUGGUAACGGGCGGCGAGGCCUGGUGUCUGUCCGGGCCGGCGGUGCUCUUCUGCGACUCGCAGUACGUCGGCGACCUGGACCGAGCCGUGGACUGGAUCACAGAGACGUUCGGCAUCCCCAUAGACCUGGAGGAGAUCGAGACGCCCGGAGACAUCUACCGACAGACCAUGCUCGCACGCAAGAACAGUGUCGUCUUCCUGGACGUGUCGUACGACGGCCGUGCCGUGGGUCGGCUGGUGUUUGAGCUGUUUGACGAGCUGCUGCCGCGCGCCAGCCGAAACUUCCGGCAGCUGUGCAGCGGCCGGGGCGGCGUCAGCGCCCGCUCGGGCACCGUGCUCUGGUACGCCGGCACGCCCGUCCAUCGGAUCGUCCGCGGCGGCUGGCUCCAGGCCGGCGGUGGGUACCGCUGGGACUCAGGCCGGCGACAUCGUGGACGGCUGCGGCGCGCACGGCGAGAGCGUGUUUGGCGCCCCGUUCGCCGACGAGUGUUUCGCCGUGGCUCACGACCGGCGCGGCCGGCUCUCGAUGGUCGAGGACGAGCGCAACGCCAACACCUCCCAGUUCAUGGUGGCCUUCGGGCCGAUGACGUACAUGCAGAACCUGUGCUGCGCGUUCGGCCAGCUGAUCGAAGGCUCUGCCGUUCUCGACUACCUGGAGACGGUGGAGACCAACAACGAGCGGCCCAUGCGCACGGUGGCCUUCACGAACGGCGGCGUGCUGCACGAGCCGAGCGGCGCCGGCCGGCUGGCCUCGUUCGACCUGUGUGACGCUGACCUGGCCGACUGGAGCCCGCCGGUGGAGCCGCCCUCGGAGCACAGACGCGUGUCAGGUGCUGGCAGCGCCGUAGCCACGCCCCUCGACUACAUCGUGCCCGUCGGACGCGACUGAGGGAGGGCAGCGGCGCCCCCUCGCGGGGCGGCACAACACCCGAUCGCGGACACGGUGACCGCGCGCGAUAGCCGUGACCAGAUACUGCUUCUUUCGGGAGCUUGUGACGGCCUGUUCGUCCUUCGUGCUCAGGCAUAAUAUACAUUUACCUUCACAGUUCGCGACGCCAUGAUACGCACCCCAGCCUUUUUUCCCAGUAGGUGUGUAUGUAUAGAUUUAUGUACCUACCUUUGUUUCAAUGAAAUAAUGGAAUAGGUUUAUCACAAAACUAAGAAAAUAAAUUUCAGUGAACUUUCUUAUUUAUGGGCUAUCGCAUCAUGACAAAAAAAUGACAAGAAUAAUAGCAGCAUAAGUAAACGGGAGAAAAUGUAAAUGUAAAUCUCUUGGACCGCGGCCAUAAUGAGCAUUCUCAAACAUCGUGUUAACAUGGUUACCUACAUGACACCCACAUGGUUCUUCCUUCUUGGUCUUGACCUUCACCAUGUGGUUGCUAUAUACCGAUACGUCGUUAUUUGUGGACGUGUUGUGAAUUGUGAUCGAUAUACAAAUGCAGCUUCA